GCCUCAACAUUUGUGUUCUGUCGGACGAAACCGUUUAGCUUUCGUCGAAAAUUAUCUCCCACCUUAUCCUGAAAAAAUGCUCCCCCAAAACCCCUGCGUGCCCAAAACCCUAAACACUAAUUUACCUCUCAAAUCAACUUUCUUGCCCAAAUUGACAAACCCUUUUCACAGAUCAACCAUAUCAACAUUUCUCAGCUCUUCAAGAACACCCAAACUCAUAAAGAUUCGAUCUUUUUAUACAAACCCCAAUUUCAUAUCCACCAUUGAAAAUGUUAGCAACACAAGAAGAGAUGUUAGUUUAUGUGCUGGCCGGAGUAAGAAGAAGCCUGGUGGACCAUCCUCUGGCCGGAUUGAAGGUAAUGCUGAUUUUCGGCGAGAAGUUAAGAAAAAUGCUCGCCGGAAAAACAAGAAACUGGCCGAGAGUUUGUUUUAUAGGCUAAAGAAUCCUCAUAAGAAUUACCCGGAUAAUUUUAGUGAAGAGGAACUUCAAAUGAUUGGUUUGGGAUAUGAUAGGUUGGUUAGGUUUAUGGAUAAAGAUGAUCCUAAUUUGAAACACCCUUAUGAUUGGUAUAAGUAUGGUGAGUUUGGUCCGUAUUCGUGGCGUGGGGUUGUUCUUGGUGAUCCUAUUCGUGGCGGAAUUUCUGAUGAAUGUGUGAGUAUGAUUGGUGAAGUUAGGGACCAGGAGGAGUGGGAGAAGAUUGAACAGCAUGAAAUGGCCGUUGAUUUUGGGAAGAGAUUGAGUGAUAUGGAUAAGAGUGCGGGUUUUCGAUAUUUUUGGGUGUUUGUUAGGCACCCGAAAUGGAGAGUUAAUGAGUUGCCAUGGGAACAGUGGACUUUGGUUUCUGAAGUUGUGGUUGAAGCUGGAAAACAGAGGUUGGAUAAAUGGAAUUUGAUGGGGAGGCUUGGUAACCAGACGAGGACUUUAAUUACGAAAUGUGCAGCUUGGAUGAGGCCAGAUAUAGUAUAUGUUAAGAAGCCGGUUUAUCAAUGUAGGUUUGAGCCUCAAGAUGAUUUUUUUGGGGCAAUGAUUCCUUUGCUUGAUCCGAAGACAGAGCGGGAAUUUUUAUGUGAAGUGGAAAAUGAUGAUGGGAGCAUUGAUACGUGUUCUUUUUAUGAGGGUUUGUGUAAGAUUGUGAAGGUGAAUAAGAAGGCAUUUGUGGAUGAUGUUGUCAAGGCUUAUGAGAAGUUGAGUGAUGAAAAGAAGUCUAAAUGUUGGGCGUUUAUACUUGGUUAUCAUCCGAAGGAGCUGUUGCAUCCGUAUACGAAAGAGUGGAAGGCCAAGUUGGAGGAACUGGAGUUUGGUUGUGAUGCCCCUGAUGAUGAAGAUGAUAAUCGAAGUAGAACAGCAGAAGUGUUUGAUUGGAUAGAGGAUGAUGGUGAUGAUGACGAUGACGACGACGACGACGAGUAUGUGGAUGUUAAUCAAGAUGAUAUUGUUUUAGAUGUCGGAGGUAGUGGAGUUGAUAGCAUUGGUCCAGAAGAAGAUGAUGAGGAAGUCAGUACAGAAGAUGAUGAGGAUUUAAGUCCAGAAGAGGAUGAGAAUUAUUGGGAUGAGGAGUUUAACAAAGCUGUGAACAGCAAUGAAGCUAUGGAAAAGCUUGUCACAAGAAGUGUAAAAAGCUCUACUAAAUUGUAUGAAGAGAUGGCCAAGUCAAUGGAAGAGAAGGAGCAAAAGGGAGCUUCAGAAGAUGGGGAUGAAUUGACGAUGAGGCGGACAAGGGCCAAGAUUAGCCCAGAUGAAUGGAAACGGAUUGGAAAUGGUCCACGGAUGAGAAAAACCAAGAAGAGCAGAAUUCCUCCCGAGCUGUUCUUGCGAGCUGCCGUGAGACCAUUCACUUACAGGAACCUUUUAAAGGAGAUUGUCUUGACCAGACACGCAAUUGUGGAGGGUGAGAUUGGUGCCAAAAAGUGAAGAAUGAUUUGCCAGCGUCUGUAGUUGUCUCUGAAUCUUGCUACUCCAUCACUGCUGCUGAUUUUAUAGAAAAUUAUGAAGGAAAUGCUCUCAUUGAGUUGCGGACUUUGGCUUAACGGAGUUAUGUUUCACCUCAUGAAUCUUGGUAUGUGAAAUAUGUCUGAGUUCAUUGCAGCAAUAUUUUACUGGUAUUUCCAGGCAUGAACCUUUUAGGGAGGUUAUGGUUAAAUAAAUGGUAAUGUUGUUUGUGUGCAUUUGGACAUUUGUUGUGAUACUGAUCCGAUGAUCUGCGACUGCAGUGAGGUAAUCUAACCACCCUUCCUAUUACCAGGGGCACUGGCGUGAACCUCGAAAGGUUCUCAGAUUUUUGAAAGGACAUCAUAGAAUGAGAUUGUACAACAAGUAAACAAUAUGUUUUCUUGGAUAAUUAACUUGACAAUUACUUUUGGUAAGAAAGGGCAGGCUUCUCACUUCUAUGCUUAUAUAACCUUGCAAUCAUGUGGAAAACAAGAUGGUUACAAGUAUAAUAGCUGCAGAUAUUAUUGUUACUCAUGAACCAUGAUUGCACAUUAUAUUGAUUACACAUUAUUCAUGACAGAAGGUAACAAGUGCAGUCGAAGGCAGCCACUUGAACAAGCCUACAGGGAUAGUGCUGCCCUGCUUGAAGUUAAGUAAAGUAGACAAGUUUAUAAUCUUGGUCUUUUGACUUGUAAUUGCUGCUCGGUGGUUAUACUUCAGGUUGGGUAAUCCAUAUCAACUUUUUUAGUUUCCUAUUACAGAGAUGUAACAUGUAAGAUUAUCAAUAUAAAUUAUCAUAUGACAUAUAUUAUAUAA